AUGGGAAAUUCUGUGUCCAAUUUGUGCAAGAAAGAUGGGAUGUUUUUCACAGCCACUGAGGAGCUGGAUUCAUACUAUCCCAUUAGAACUGAAUGCCAGGAUGAUGUCCCCAAGACCCGUUUUAAAGCAAGGGUCGGGAAAACAUUAAGUCCAAGAAGAUGGAACGCGGCAUUUACUGACGAUGGUCAUUUAGAUAUGGCUGGUGUUCUUAGAAGAAUCCAGAGAGGGGGAAUUCAUCCUACUAUUAAAGGGGCCGUCUGGGAGUUCUUGUUGGGUUGUUAUGAUCCCAACAGCACAUACGAUGAAAGAAAUGAGGUCAGGGAGCAGAGAAGGAAACAAUAUGUUGCAUGGAAAGAGUUAUGUCAAAAGAUGUUACCAACUUUUGGCACUGGAAAGUUCAUCACAACACCUAUAAUUACUGAUGAUGGCCGACCUGUCGAAGAUCCCUCUGGUAAUAGUGUUGCCUUGCCAAAUUAUGGUGCAUUAGAUCAAAGGGAGAUCAAUUGGAUGCUUGGCCUACCUCAAAUUGGUUUGGAUGUUGUUCGUACUGACCGGACUCUUGUAUAUUAUGAGACUGAAGCCAAUCGAGCAAAGCUGUGGGACGUGCUUGCUAUCUAUUCUUGGGUGGACAAAGAUAUUGGGUAUGUUCAAGGAAUGAACGAUAUAUGCUCUCCAAUGGUUAUACUAUUUGAAGAGGAAGCAGACGCCUUCUGGUGCUUUGAACGCGCAAUGCGUAGACUUAGGGAAAAUUUCAGGUCCACCACAAGUUAUAUGGGAGUGCAGUCUCAACUGGGAACCCUUGCACAAAUUAUUAAAGCCAUUGAUCCCAAGCUUCAUCAACACCUUGAGGAGCUAGAUGGUGGGGAAUAUCUGUUCGCUAUUCGCAUGCUGAUGGUUCUUUUUCGAAGAGAGUUCUCCUUUGUGGAUGCAAUGUAUCUCUGGGAGGUCAUGUGGGCCAUGGAGUACAAUCCGAAUAUCUACGCAUCAUAUGAGGAAUCACGUGAUGCAACCUCUUCCACCACUGACCAAGCCGAUGUCAAACCGAGUCAACUCAAGCAGUACGGAAAAUUCCAGAGAAAAAACUUGAAAAGCGGAUGGACUGACGAGAGAAGUGCUCUUGCUAUUUUUCUCGUUGCAGGUGUGCUUGAGAAGAAGAAUAAACGGCUUCUAAAAGAGGCUCAAGGCCUUGAUGAUGUCGUUCAGAUCUUGAGCGAAAUCACCGGAAAUCUGGACGCCAAAAAAGCAUUGAAGCAGGCACUGAAAGUACACAAGAAGUAUUUGAAGGCCAAGAAAUCGUAG